GGCCGUGUAAAUGAAGAUCAGGUGAGGAACAGGACAAUGCCCAAGGGUGGGUGCCCUAAAGCACCACAGCGGGAAGACCUUUCCCUCAGCAGCGACACGGCGGAGAAGCAGACUGGGAAAAAGGAUAAAGCUUCUCUAACCAAGACCCCAAAGCUGGAGCGUGGCGACGGCGGGAAGGAAGCGAGGGGGCGAGCCGGCCCGCAGAAGCUGUCCUCCACCGCGGGCGCAGACGCGGAGCAGAAGGACUCGAAGAAAGAGAAGCAGGGCCCUGAGCGGAAGAGGAUUACGAAGGAGCCUGACACCCGGAAGGCCGCGCUGCUGCUUGGCAUGGGGCUCGGAAUCCGAGCCGGCUACCUUCUCUGCGAGCACCAGCAGGUGGCCCUUCUCAUGCAGAUGACAGCCGAGGAGUCUGCCGACAGCCCAGUGCACACAACACCAAAGCAGCCCUCCCAGUCCACAGUGUGUCAGAAGGGAACGCCCGACUCCGCCUCAAAAACCAAAAAUAAAGUGAACAAGAGGAACGAGCGAGGAGAGACCCGCCUGCACCGAGUGGCCCUCCGCGGGGAUGCCCUGCGCAUCAAGGAGCUCAUCAGCGAGAGGGCGGAUGUCAACGUCAAGGACUUCGCAGGCUGGACAGCGCUGCACGAGGCCUGUAACCGGGGCGACUACGACGAAGCUAAGCAGCUGCUGGCUGCAGGUGCAGAGGUGAACACCAAGGGCCUGGACGACGACAUGCCUUUGCACGAUGCUGCCAACAACGGACACUACAAGGUUGGCAUCUCCCCUCGGCCCUUCACACUGGCCUGUCCUGGCAUCUGGGUGGCUCUGGAGCUUUGUCCCCGCAGCUAGCCAGUUACCU